UUCCGCGCUGCUGUUCGUCUGCGGUGCCGCUUCUGUAGGGUCUUGGACGAGCUCCUCGCAGACGGCGGUGGCGGCGGGAGCGUCCGCGACACAGUCCGAGGCAGGGGAGGGGAGGAGGGCGGCGGGGCUGCGCGCGCGCGCGCGCGCUCCGGGCUCGAGCAUGAGCUGGACUUGACCGCGAGGCGGAGGCUAGAGCCACCGCCCCCUCUUCCCCUCCCCGGAGAAAGGCGGUGCGACGGCCCGCGAAGGAUGGGGGGCGCCCGCCGGUUCUGAGCCUCGCCACGCGUCUUCGGCUCGCGCCGGGCUUCGCACGGGCCUCUAGUGCGCGCCCUCGGCCCCAGCCUGCAGCCUCCGCACGGGCCGUCCGUGCACCCGGACCGGCGAGGAAGGGGCGUCCGUCAGGGUGGGUGGGGCGGGGAGGGAACCUGAGGUCACCGGCUCGGGGGAGAGGCGGAACUGCAGACCGGCGGGGUCCCCCCGACCCUUGCCCUCGGCUGAAGAAGUCACCAAUGUGGAACAUGUUCAUGCAUUGAAUAAGUGGCUGAAGGAGGAAAGAAAAAAGUGCCACUGCCUAUCAGAAAAGAAAAGAAAACAAAACAUGGGAAAUACAACCACCAAAUUCCGUAAAGCACUGAUCAAUGGUGAUGAAAACCUAGCUUGCCAAAUAUAUGAAAAUAAUCCUCAGUUAAAAGAAUCUCUUGAUCCAAAUACAUCUUAUGGGGAACCUUAUCAACACAACACUCCAUUACACUAUGCUGCUCGACAUGGAAUGAAUAGAAUAUUAGGGACUUUUCUUUUUGGUAGAGAUGGAAAUCCUAAUAAACGGAAUGUGCACAAUGAAACAUCUAUGCAUUUGUUAUGUAUGGGACCUCAAAUUAUGAUAUCUGAAGGAGCCCUUCAUCCUCGCUUAGCACGCCCUGUGGAAGAUGAUUUUAGAAGAGCAGAUUGUCUGCAGAUGAUCUUAAGAUGGAAAGGAGCAAAACUUGACCAAGGCGAAUAUGAGCGAGCAGCUAUUGAUGCUGUUGAUAACAAAAAAAACACACCCCUUCACUAUGCUGCUGCCUCAGGGAUGAAAGCCUGUGUAGAGCUUUUAGUAAAACAUGGAGGAGACUUGUUUGCUGAGAAUGAAAAUAAAGAUACUCCUUGUGACUGUGCGGAGAAGCAACACCACAAAGAUCUGGCCCUCAAUCUGGAAUCUCAGAUGGUAUUUUCACGGGACCCUGACGCUGAAGAAAUAGAAGCGGAAUAUGCUGCAUUAGACAAACGAGAGCCAUAUGAAGGACUAAGACCCCAGGAUCUUCGUAGAUUGAAAGAUAUGCUUAUUGUGGAAACCGCAGACAUGCUUCAGGCUCCUCUAUUUACUGCUGAAGCUUUACUUAGAGCUCAUGAUUGGGACAGGGAAAAAUUACUUGAGGCAUGGAUGUGUAACCCAGAAAACUGUUGCCAACGAUCAGGGGUUCAAAUGCCAACUCCACCACCAAGUGGGUAUAAUGCUUGGGACACACUUCCUUCUCCAAGAACUCCAAGGACUACACGCUCUUCUGUCACCUCUCCAGAUGAAAUCAGUUUAUCUCCAGGGGAUUUAGACACCAGUUUGUGUGACAUUUGUAUGUGCAGUAUUUCUGUAUUUGAAGAUCCAGUGGAUAUGCCUUGUGGACAUGAUUUUUGUAGAGGAUGUUGGGAGUCGUUUUUGAAUCUGAAAAUUCAAGAAGGUGAAGCUCACAACAUUUUCUGCCCUGCAUAUGAUUGCUUUCAACUUGUGCCUGUGGAUAUCAUAGAAAGUGUAGUUUCUAAGGAGAUGGACAAACGAUACCUACAGUUUGAUAUAAAGGCCUUUGUUGAAAAUAAUCCUGCCAUUAAAUGGUGUCCUACUGCGGGGUGUGAAAGAGCGGUCAGAUUAACAAAACAAGGGUCCAACACAUCUGGAUCUGAUACACUCAGCUUCCCAUUGCUGAGAGCCCCUGCUGUGGACUGUGGAAAAGGACACCUCUUCUGCUGGGAGUGCCUUGGUGAAGCACAUGAACCUUGUGAUUGCCAAACAUGGAAAAAUUGGCUACAAAAAAUAACUGAAAUGAAACCAGAAGAACUUGUAGGAGUUAGUGAAGCUUAUGAAGAUGCUGCCAAUUGUCUCUGGUUGUUAACUAACUCCAAGCCUUGUGCUAAUUGUAAGUCCCCAAUACAGAAGAAUGAAGGUUGCAAUCACAUGCAGUGUGCAAAGUGCAAGUAUGACUUCUGCUGGAUUUGCCUAGAAGAAUGGAAAAAGCAUAGUUCCUCCACUGGAGGUUAUUACCGAUGUACUCGCUAUGAAGUCAUUCAGCAUGUGGAGGAGCAAUCCAAGGAAAUGACUGUGGAGGCUGAGAAAAAACACAAACGGUUUCAGGAACUUGACAGAUUUAUGCACUAUUAUACAAGAUUUAAAAACCAUGAGCAUAGUUAUCAGUUAGAACAACGCCUUCUUAAAACAGCCAAAGAAAAGAUGGAGCAAUUGAGUAGAGCUCUCAAAGAAACUGAAGGAGGCUGCCCAGAUACUACUUUCAUUGAAGAUGCAGUUCAUGUGCUCUUAAAAACUCGACGUAUUCUCAAGUGUUCUUAUCCAUAUGGAUUUUUCUUAGAACCUAAAAGCACAAAGAAAGAAAUUUUUGAACUAAUGCAAACAGACCUAGAAAUGGUCACUGAAGACCUUGCCCAAAAAGUUAAUAGGCCUUACCUUCGCACACCCCGCCAUAAGAUCAUCAAGGCAGCAUGCCUUGUACAACAGAAGAGGCAAGAAUUCCUGGCAUCUGUGGCUCGAGGAGUUGCUCCUGCAGACUCUCCAGAAGCUCCAAGGCGCAGCUUUGCUGGUGGAACAUGGGAUUGGGAAUAUUUAGGAUUUGCAUCACCUGAGGAAUAUGCUGAAUUUCAGUACCGGAGGAGGCACAGGCAGCAGCGUCGUCGAGGAGAUGUGCACAGUCUGCUCAGUAACCCUCCAGAGGCUGAUGAGCCCAGUGAAAGCACUUUAGCAGAUAUUCCAGAGAGUGGCAGUGGCCGCAGGCCAGGCGCAUCCGUGGUAAGUUCUGCAUCUAUGAGUGUGCUGCACAGCUCCUCUCUGCGUGACUACACCCCUGCCAGUCGCUCUGAAAACCAGGACUCUCUUCAGGCUUUGAGUUCCUUAGAUGAAGAUGAUCCCAAUAUACUUCUUGCAAUUCAGUUGUCACUGCAAGAGUCUGGGCUAACCAUCGAUGAAGAAACUAGAGACUUCCUGAAUAAUGAAGCAUCCCUAGGAGCAAUAGGCACUUCUUUACCUUCUAGGCUAGACUCUGUCUCCAGGAAUACAGAUAGCCCACGGGCUGCAUUGAGUAGUUCUGAGCUGUUGGAAUUUGGUGACAGCCUUAUGAGACUUGGAGCAGAAAGUGACCCAUUUUCAACUGACACCUUGAGUUCACACCCUCUCAGUGAAGCAAGAAGUGAUUUCUGCCCCUCAUCCAGUGACCCUGACUCAACUGGCCAGGACUCCAACAUCAAUGACAAUCUUCUUGGCAAUAUCAUGGCUUGGUUUCAUGACAUGAACCCUCAGAGCAUUGCCCUGAUCCCUCCAGCAACCACAGAAAUCAGUGCAGAUUCUCAACAUCCCAGAGACAAAGAUGAGUCAGAAGGUGUGAGAAACAUGGAACUGGUACCACCAGAAGAAGAUUCAGUUUUUGAUGCUGCUGUCAGUGAAAGUGGAGGAAUCCAGAUAGAAGAGAAUCCUUUGGAAGAGAAUAUUCUGGCUGUGGAAACAUUGGCACAAGCUGCUGAGAGUAAUAUUGAGGCAGCCAACAAAGGGAAUGGUUCAGAUGCUUCAAGUCAAACACCUCAAACUUCAAGGGACUGGCUUGACCAAGUACAUUUAGUCUGAACUUCACAUAUUUGGGCUCCUAAUGAAUGGCAGGUACAGAUGGUAUGCUAGGUGGAGUAAGCUUUAUAGAGAUUUUGAUCCACUUGAUUCCAAUCUAAUUGUACAUCACUAAUGUUAAUAUUGAAUACAGAAGAGUCCCAUUAAAGGUAGUUUCAUCAUCCAUAUAACCUUAUAGGGAGUUUCUUUUGUAUGUAACUGGAUAGCUUUUUCCCUUUUUGCUGACAAAAAAAAAAAAAAAAGAGCUAGAGGAACACACAUAAACAGGUUGUAUUCACAUUCUAAGAAAAUUCAGUGCUCUGUUUAGCCUAGAGCUAAUAACACUUAAAUUGAACAUUUAAAGCAAAGUUAUACUCCCCAGUCUUUGUGUGGCUUUCUCUUUAAAAAAAAGUUCAUUUUAGAAACCUGGUUUGGACAGAUGUGAUAACAUGUAUGUCCUCAGUCUCCGUGUUCUUCCAUAACUUUCUUCUCCCUGUUUGUCUAAGCGAUAUGAAGUGAAGUAUCCAAGGUUUCUCUCUAGAGCUCCAGUGUAAUUAGUUUUAAUUUUCACAUGAAUCAAAGAUCUCUUCUCAUGUCUAUUUACAGUCCAAUUGUGCCAAACCUCUGACUCGUGCGCUGACUAGCAAAGCAUUCAGGUAUGCAGUAUCCUAUAGUGUGCUCCAGGGCAGUGUCAGCGUUCUUGGGAGUAAAAGGUGCCACUUGGUAGCCAUGAUGUUCCAGAUUUGAUGGGCUUUUGUUGCCAUGGAGACUGCAUUUAAAGAAAUGUAGCCUGUAGCUUAAGUUAACUAAACCUAAUGCUGCUGUUAAAAACAGUUUAUUUUAAUAUUAAAAUACAGUUGAUUAGCAACAGCGGUGCUGUAUUUUAAGAGACACUUUAUUGGAAGUGCAAUCAUAGUUCUUUGUUUUCACAAUUUUACAGUGCAUUCUAAUUACUAAUGGGUGCAAUUACUUUUAAUGGUAAGUGUUUUAUAAAAUAGAAAAAAGUGGAGUUUUCAUGAGUUAUAGUAAAUCCCACAAUUAUUAAAAAUUCAAUAAAACAUCCUGCGCAACAUGUUACCGUGCCUUUGCCUAACCUAAAUGGAUAGUUGCCAGUUAAAUAAGUUAUUAAUUCAAAUUUCUAUGUCUCUUCUGAAGUAACUAUGCUAUGAAUUGCAAAGACCUCCAUAAAACCACCCAUGGCCUUGCCUUUACAGUAAAUACAACUAACUGUUCAGUUUGCCUAAUGAGCAAAUGCUGACACGUGUUUGUUCACUUGCACAAUAUUCAUUUGCUGUGUGAUUACUGUUUAGUAUUGAAAAAAAUCAACUUCCUAGUUAUCAGUGUCUUAUUACUGUGAAGAAACUACUGGUCUUAGUUAUAAUAAUGAUACAAUGGUACAGUGUGUAAUUAAUAAUAAACUGUUGGAAUGGCUGUUUACUUACAUAUUACCAGAACUAGCAUAACAUAAGCAAACUAGAUAUAUGCAACACUCCGUUUAAUGUUUUGCCAGAUUGUUACCAGAAAUCUACAGAAACCAAAAUUUCUGUACUGAGUUUGUACAGGCUACUAAGUCCUUGGCCAGGCAAAAAGUCAUAUUUGAGUAUUGAUAUCCACAUGAAUUGUGAUUAUAGUUGUUUACUUAUUUCCUCUAAGACCUGCUUUUGAAAUAUCUUUCAUUUUGAAUUCAUAUGGCCAAGACACAUUAUAUCAGAGUAUCUAAAAGUCCCCAGGUUCCUUAAGAAAAACUGUGCAGUGGAUAUCAAAAUUCAACAUUAGUUUUUAUUUCGCUAAUUAUUGGAAACACGGAUAUCAAUCCCUAUUAAAAUUAGUGGGAGGAAAUAUUGACUAUCUGCAGUGUAUUACUGUAUAUGAAGGCAAAAUAGUCCAUUAGUGGAUUUUUUACAAAUUUAUUUUGGAUUAAAAAUAUUAACAUCAUUAAGAUUUUAGACCAAGUUGUAACUCUUCCAAUAGGAAGAGUUAGCAACACACUUGGGGUGUCUUGCGCAGCCAUGGUGAAGAAUAGGAGGGCACCGUGCGAACGUGGAUGUGGUGGGCCAGUGUCCUUGCACCGGUGCAGCAUCCUUUGUUCCAGUGCUGGUCUCUCCUCAGCAUGAAAAGUGAUCGUUACUCAGUUUGUAUUUCCUUCGUACAUAUUUAAAAAAAAACAAACGACACAGUCAUUGACUUUACAAUUCAGUAAUAAAGUUCGGCAAAGCCUAUUUUGUAAACGUUAAUUUUAUAAUGUAAAAAAAUUAACCUUGACUUGUUAUUUGCACUUUCAUAGUCUAUACUUGAUACAUUCCCACUUUAUAUACAGUAGGAUUCUACAAACAUGUAGAUGUUUGGCCAAAUGAAUGCUGUUAAUAAUAUGUAAAAUUCUUUGAUUAAACAUUUAUUACUUAAACUA